CCCCAUCACCGCCAUAACCAUCAUCACAAAAUGGCUUCCCCCGCCGAAGACCAAGCAACUCACCACCAAGACCUCGCCGACCGCGCCUCCCGCUCCAACCGCGGCGGCGGUCGCGGUCCCAAAUCCGGUGGUCAUGGCGGUCAUCGCAAGGGUGGUCGCGACGUCGACCUCUCGCGCGCCUUAUCCCGCCUGCUCCGUCACCAAGCCGCCUCCGCAGGUAUCACCCUCGACGCCGAAGGGUACGCGCCUCUGGACAAGGUUCUCGCAUGGGGCCCGAUCCGCUCGCUGAAGCCGACGUUUCCAGAGAUCUUGAAGGCGGUUAAGGAGAGCGAUAAGCAACGGUUUGCUAUCAAGCUGGCGCCGGGAAAAGAGGACAAUGAGGGAAGUGAGGAGGCGGGGGAUUGGUUGAUCAGGGCGAAUCAGGGGCAUUCGAUCAAGUUGGAGAGUGAAGGGUUGUUGAGGCGGUUGGUUUUGGGGGGAGGAACCAUACCGAUCCCCGAAACGGUCGUCCACGGUACGUACUUUGCUUUUUGGGACAAGAUCAUCCAGAGCGGCGGACUCAAACCCAUGGGUCGGAACCACGUGCAUUUCUCCACGGGUUUACCGGAGGAUACGGAGAGGGGGGUCAUCAGCGGGAUGAGGAGCGAUGCGGAGGUGUUGGUUUUUGUGGAUGUCGAGAGGAGUAUCAGGGACGCGGAAGCGGAGGGGGAUAAAGAAGGAAAGGGGAUCAAGUGGUGGAUGAGCGACAAUGGCGUGGUGUUGACGGGGGGCGAUAAGGACGGGUUGGUCCCGCUCAAGUAUUUCAAAGAGGUUAAGGGGAGAAGGCAGGGCGUGGGACUGUUGUGGAAGCAUGGACAGAAGGUGGCGGAUUUGCCGGAAGGGUUAGAGAUUAGGAUGCCGAUGGGUAAGGGGAGGGCUGCUGCUGGUGGUGGUGGUGGUGGUUGUGGUGGUGGUAAGAGAGGGGGACGUGGUGGUGGAAGGGGAGGUGCCGGGAAAGGAGGAAGAGGGAGAGAGGAAAAGGGGAAUGGUGAGGAGGCCAAGCCUCUGGAGACCGAUUCGCAAUAGAUGGAUGGGCCGAUAGAUUCUACCUCUACCUAUCUACUAUGCGGUAGAGGGGACAGAAAAAAAAAAGUCACGAAUCAAAACGAGCACGAAGGGCUUCAAAUCGGAAUACCGAACCUGGUCUUGUUUUUGAAGCAGUUGUAAAAUUCCAUAGCAAUGUAGAGCCACCCAAUGCCGCAAAAUGGUCCAGACG